CGGCUUCUGAAGAUGCCAAGGCAGUUACGGAACAAAGUAUACGGUUGCGUCUUACUUUAAGCAUGCGCACGAUUGAUCAUCUUGUUCAGACAGCGCACUACCUCCCACAAAAGGAGUGGGAAACAACUCGACAGCCAAGUUCAUCAGCAAAAGAGUGAUUACCCUGAAUUCAAAGCACAAAGAAACUAUCAGUAGGAAACGAAAUCAUGCACAGAAGUAUACCAACUAGCUCCUCCAUCGAGAGACUAAUGUAUGAUCAAUUUGCCCGUGAUGAUGGUAGUGACGGAGAACAGACAACGGAAAAAUCGCCACCCUCAUCAUCACAAGCAACAUCUACUGCAGAAUCUACUACAGUUGAUAUUGAAAAGCUGCGGCAGUUUUCUACGAAUGGACUGUAUGCAUUUUCUGGACCUGUUCCUGCGGAUGAUAAGACAAAGAAUCAGCAAGAUCAAACAAGUGGAGAAGCUCAGCGGAAAACAGCAGCAAGUAACGGAUCUACAGGACACAAGGCAUCGGAAAAAGAAAGUAGCACUAAAUCCAAGGUGCCAUCAAGUGUGCUUCCAUGGAAAACAAAAUGGAAACCAUCGCCUGAAGAUCGAAAAAAUUGGAAUCGGUUCCUAUCAACAAACUCAGAGGAAAUGUCCAAGUCAAUGCAAUUCUCUUUCAACGAUCUCAAACUGAGAGGCUUUGCAGGUCAUACUGCUGCUGUACGAACAAUCGCAGUAAAUGAACCGGUCAAACUGUUUGCAUCAGGAUCAAGGGACCGAACGAUUAAGUUAUGGUCUUUAAAUGUGCACGAUGGUAUCGAAAAUUGGGAAACAACGCCUUACUCUGAAUGCGUCGUGACAUAUACGGGUCAUCGACGGGGAACGAUCAAUGACGUUCAUUUUCUAACCGGAGUUGGCAGUGGUCUAAGCGAUGUUGUUGCUAGUUGUGAUGGACAUGUUCACCUAUGGAAUAUGGAAACGGGAAAAAGUAUUCACCAAUUUACUACAAGCCGGCCUUCGGUAGUAACAGUGAAGCCCAUCUUCCACAAUCAAAAUUUGGUGGGAGGCACUUUCGAAGGGAAUCUUAUGUUUUUCGAUGCCCAUAACCAUCGAAUCUUGCAUACAUGGAAAUCGAGUGCAAACUUGACGGGUUCGAUUCGUGUUAUCGCUGUGAAUCAAGCGGAAACUCUAAUUGCUGUUAGCUUCUCCACUGGUGCCAUAUCGUUGAUUGAGUCAAGAACAGGGACCUUGGUAGCAAGCUGGAAAGGAGGUGACACAGAAAUUACCAUGAUGAAGUUUUACACCGACGAGCUGUUGGUGUCCUGUGCACCGGCAGAUCAUUUGAUAUGCUGCUGGAACGUAAAUCAUUUGGCGUUAGUAAAAACAAUGACGGCGACACAAGACGUAGUCUCUCUUGACUUGUUUAAGGACGAAAUACUGACGAUCAACAGCAGCAAUUCUGUAUCGUUCAUACCCGUCAACGAUGAACUCCAAUCGUAUUCGUCGAAAUUCAAACCAUCGAUUAUCAAGUCCCAAGUGAGUGCGUUUGCCAUUGUCCCGACCGAGCCAUCUCUGCUGUUCGGAUGCACAGAGGGAGAGAUCUUUCUGUAUGCCUAAAUAAAGGAAGCGAUAAUAAAGAGAGGAGGAUCAAAUAUCCUGUGCUUCCAUGCAGAGUUAUCCGACGUGUCCAAAUGGUCUUAGUCAUCAUGGAAAGCUAUAAAGUGCU